CUCUUGCAUCGGGCAUCUUACACGGGACAGAGAGACCACAAAGAUGCGACCGACACUUGCUUCGCUCAUCAGAAUCCGUCCGCAAACGCUCUCGGAGCUUGGCGAAAAGGCCGCGAGCCUCAGACUACCGCCGAGCAGCGCAGGCGCCGUCGCUGCGUCGGUCGCGCAGACGAGUUCGCGACAACGGUCAAAGGGCAGGGAGGAGAGCACAGCGGAGCGGCUGCUCGCAGAGGGAGAAACUCCUUCCAACUUGAGAUUUGAGAAGCAUGUCAGCAACAAGGAGAUGUUCUGGAACAUGCCAAAGGACAAAAGAGAACCGCUGAAGAAGCUCCUGAGGGAGUCCUAGGAACAGAGACAGCCAGCACGACUUGUACACUAGCGAGGUCGCAACGACAAACCAUCUAAUAGACUAUUCACAGAGAAACCAAUACUCGAU